AUGCGUGCUGUCCUGGACUCCCUGUGUAACCAGGCCUGCCUCGACGAAUCUCAGUAUUCGCCUGCCUUCCUCCGAGUGGCUGGGAUUAAGGCGUGUUGCCACCACCUCCCGCCAACCCUUCCGACGCUCACGCCCGCGUCCCACUUCCCCCGCGACGCGACCCCACCCGCCCACGACGCCCCCGUACAGACACCGCCGUUCUUCCCACCCCCGCCCCUGCCCGCGACACAGAAACGACACCCCCCACCGCGCCCGCCGCGCCGCCCGGCGACCCACCUCCUCCCGACCUCCCCUUCCCCCACGCUCCCGCGCGCGCCCGCCCCGCGGUCCCCCGACCCCCACCCCGCCCCGCCCGUCCGUCAACGCCCGCUACCGCCCCCCCUGCCCGCCGCCCGCGGCCCCCCGCCCCCAUCGCCCCCCACUCCGCGCCCCAGCCGCCCCCCCCCCACGGCCGCACCGCACCCCCGCCACCGCCGUCCCACGCACCCCCCUCCGCCCGCGCCUAGCCCGCGCCCCAGCCCGCCCGCCGGCCCGCCCGCCGCCCCGCUCCCCCCACCCCGCGCGCCGGCCACCCAUCGCGCCUUUCGGGCCGCCCCCCUCCACCAAAAUUUGACCCCCGCGCCCCACACGCAACGGCAACCGCUCACCUCACACCCCACCGCUUCUGACAGCGAUGCCCCGCCCCCCGCCCCGCCCCAGCGCCGCCGCUCCCCCUCUCCCCGCCACCCCCCCGGCCGCCUCCCGCGCCCGUAUCGCGCUCAGGCGCUUCUCCCUUCGCCCCUUCCCCGCACCCCCGAUGCACCGCCGACCCCAUUCCGCCCCUCACCUCCCGCCCACCCCCAGCCUCCCCCGGCCCGCCCCUCGACGCCCCCCGUUCCCCCGGUUUCCGUACUACCCCCCCCCCACCCCGCUUACGCCCCAAAUCCCCCCGUCUCGCCGUUCCGCGAACCCCCGGCACGCUCCCGCCCGCCCCGCCCCGAUCGGCCCCGCACACCGGCCGCCCGACUCCCCCCCCCACGCGCCGGCCGAACGCAAGCGCACCACCCCGCCCCCCGACGCCCCCCUCCAGCCCGACGGCACUCACCCCCGCACCCUUCGCCCCCUCCAGGCGCCCCCUCACUCGCGGCCCCGCGCUUCAGCGGCCGGCCGCCCGCCGCCCCCCCCGCGCGGCCCCGCCCCCCCCGCCGACGCUCCGCCUCGCGUCGUCCCGCCCCCGCCCGCCCGCGCCCCCCGCUCCGGUUCCCCCCGGCCCCGGCCCCCCCGCCCCUCCCACCUCUCGCCACACCCCCACCUACGCCGCGCGAUCAGCGCCGUCUACCCCCUUCCCGUCCGCCCCCCCGGCCCCCCUCGUUCCCGACGCCCGCCGCGCGUCGCCGGCACCGGCUUACCCCUUCCGACACACCCCAGCCAGUUUCGGCAGCGCCCAUCCCCACCGUUCGUCCCCGACCCUUCCCUACCCACCGCCCGCCCACUCCGCCCCCCCCCCCAGCCGCCCCCGCGCGCGCCGCGGCCCCCCACGCGACCACGGCCCCGCGCCACCGCCCCCCCGCGGCGCGCCCGGACGCCGCCGCCUCCGCCGCCAGCCCCCCCCCGCGCCCCGCGGCAGCGGCGCCCUCCCCCUCCCCCGCCAGACCUAACUCUCCCGGCCCGCCGCAGCCCCCGCCGCCCCCUCGGCCCCCGCCCCCCGCGAACUUAGCCCGCCACACCGACCCGCGCCUCCGCCCCCCCCCCACGCCGCGGACGGCCGGCCGCCCACCGACGCCCGGCCCGCCACCGGCGCGCCUUCCCCCCGGCCCCCGCCGCGCGCGCCGACUCCGCGCCACCCGUCCCGCAAAUCUACGGCCCUCGCCCCCGCCGCGCCUCACCCCCGCCCGCCGGCACUGCCCAUUCCGCGACUCCCCGCCCGCCCUCACGCCCGGUUCCGCCAUCGUGUCCCGCAGUUCCGGUUCGCAUCCCCUCGUCCGACCGGCCCCCCUCGCCUCCCUUGUCACGCGCCCGCCUCUCGCACCCCCCGUUCCGCCGCAUUCGCGAUUUCGCCGUCGCGCCCUUUCCCGCCCCCCCCCGCGGCCGCCGUUAUCGUCGCGCCGGCGCCGCCCCUUUCGGCAACGACCACAAAGCGCUCGGGCACGGCCCCGCCCCCUCCGCGUACGCAGCCCGCCGCCAUUCCGCCGGCCCGCCCCCCCGCCCCCUCGCCCCCCGGCCGCGGCCCGCGGCGCCCCGCUCGGACCCACGACGCACCGCGCCCCCGCCCCCUGUCCCCCCGCCGGCUUCCCCCUUUCGCCGCCGUCGCGCGCCCGCCCCUCCGCCCACCCCCUCCGCCCCGCCGCCGCCCCCGCAGCGGGCCCCGCCUCGGAUGCUCGGCCGGUUUCCGCCGGCCGUCCGAUCACGCGCCGCCGAGGCCAGCCGCCGACACGACCCCCUUCGCCCCCGUCCGCCGCAGACAACCCCAGCUCCAGCGAGCCCGCGAGCGCCCCACUUCCUCGUCCCCCCCACCGGCAACCCCUUCCCGCCGCCCCCCAUCCCGCAGCUUCUAGUCCGCCCCCGCCGCCCCCGAAAGAUAUCACGACACACCCCCGCCGCCCCCCCGCGCGUCGCCUCGGCAUUCACAUCGCCCGCCCCGCGCGUUCCACGUUUCCCUCCCCCACCGCUGCCCCCCGCCCACGCCCCACUUUAAUAUUGUGUUUCUCAGUAUUUGGUUUUUUCUUCCCCUACCCCGGGUUCCCCUUAGUUUUGGUUUGUCUUUUGUAUAUCGCCCCCCCUAUUUUCCCCCCCCAACGCCCCGCACGACCAGUACCCCCGCCCCACGCGGCCCGCCCCGCGCCCCGCCCCUCGCCCGGCAGCCCGCGCGCCAGCCCCGCACCCUCGCGCGCCCUCGCCGCCGGCUCUUCCAGCCUUUACGCGCGCACCCGCGCGCCCACCUCGCCUCUUCGACCCCGGUCCCUCACGCCUCCGCCUUCCCUCCCCCGCCUUCCCCCACCGCUCCGUCCCCUCCGGUCCGACGCCCGCGCUCCCGCCGCGCCAGACACGUUCAGCGCCUUCGCCCCCGCCCGUCAGCGCCGCCCCCUCCCCCAGACCGGUCCCGCGCCCGCACGCGGCCGCCCGUCCGCCGCCACGCGCGCCGGUCAGCGGGCCCCGCCCGCGCCCCCCCCGGCCCGUUUCCGCGCGCCACCGGCGCCGAGCCCGCGGCACGCCGGCGCGGCCCAACCCCCGCGCGCUCACCGCGGCAACGCGCCCCCGCCGCGGCGGUCUUCCGCGGCGACCGCCUCGGCCGCGGCAGCCCCAGCACCCGUCUCGCGUUCCCGCGGCGUCUCCCGCCGUUCGGGAGCUUCCCACGCGCGGCGCCUCGCCGCACGUCCGCUGAAGCCCCGCGCCACGGGCGCAGCCGACCCACCGCCGUUCGGCGCGCCGCGGGCAGGGAGCAGGGGCAGUAGGGGAGAGGGCGGCGGGGAGUGA